CUCCCCACCCAUCUUUCUGUCUUUUUACCUCUAAAAGAAUCUUGAGAUUCUGCAGUUCUUGUUAGAGAUCCUCCUUGUCUUUUUUUUUUCCCUUUUCCCUUUUCUCCCCCUCCCCUCUCACCUCUUCCCUGUGGGAUCCCCAUUAGUCUCUUCUUGGUGUGACGAAAUCCACACCCUUUUCGUUUAAUGCACAAUGUCUCCCACAACCCACUCCCCAACCCAUGAGGACUUUCAGCGGCAGACGGAUGAUUUUAUGACUUGGCUCGCGGGCAGGUCGGGCGUAAAGAUCAACCCCAAAAUUCGUGUGCAAGAUCUGAGAUCCCAAGCUGCUGGGCGAGGUGUUGUGGCUCAGUCCGAUAUUGCCGAAGGUGAAGAACUUUUUACCAUCCCACCCGAGUCCGUUCUGUCGGCUCGGACCUCCACCCUGAAGGAUCUGCUCUCCCACGAUCUCAACGAGUUCGGCCCAUGGCUUUCUCUCAUCCUCGUCAUGAUCUACGAGUACCUCCGUGGUGAACAGUCUGCCUGGAAACCGUAUUUCAACGUGCUCCCGCAGAAUUUCGACACCCUGAUGUUCUGGUCCCCGGCAGAGCUCCAAGAGCUCCAGGGCAGUGCAAUUGUGGGCAAGAUUGGGAAGCAGAGCGCGGAGGAAAUGAUUCUGGAGACUAUCGCUCCGGUAAUCCGAGAAAAUCCUACUUUCUUCCCGCCUGUCGGUGGUCUGACCUCGUAUGACGGCGAGGCGGGCACCCGGGCCCUCCUGAACAUCGCCCAUACCAUGGGUUCCAUCAUCAUGGCGUAUGCCUUCGACAUUGAGAAUCCGGAGGAUGAAGACGAGCAGGAUGCUGAAGAUGGAUAUAUGACCGAUGAGGAGGAAGGACAGUCUAAAGGCAUGGUCCCGCUGGCCGAUAUGUUGAACGCCGAUGCGGACCGGAACAAUGCUCGCCUGUUCCAAGAAGACGGCUCGUUGAUCAUGAAAGCUAUCAAACCCAUCAAGCAAGGUGAUGAGAUUUUCAACGACUACGGGGAGCUUCCUCGGGUAGAUCUUCUGAGACGCUACGGCUAUGUGACGGACAACUACGCCCCCUACGACGUGGCCGAAUUAUCACUGAAGCAUAUCUGCCAAGCAGCCGGUCUUGAAAAUGCUGAUAUUGAAAGCCAACCUCGGCUCCAAAUUCUUGAGGAAAUGGAGGUCCUCGACGAUGGCUAUGUCAUCCCAAGAAUCUCCGGGGAUGAUUCAUUGACAGAUAUCCUGCCGGUCGAGCUCAUCUUGCUGCUCAAGACCCUGACCUUGCCGUCAGAUCAGUUCCAAAAGCACCAGUCGAAAAACAAGCUCCCGAAGCCAUCCCUCGACCAGGAAGAAUCUGCCAUUCUGGCGAAAACCAUCCAGCUGGAGAGCGCGCAGUACGGAACAACGAUCGAACAAGAUCAUGAAAUUCUAUCCCGCUUGAUCCAAUCGGGGGCCUCUUCCCCGCUGGACGAAUCAUCCCGGCGUCAGAAAAUGGCGGUGCAGGUUCGCAUCGGUGAGAAGGAAAUCCUGCAGAGCCUUUUCUCCUUGCUGGGCUCGUCUACAGACGGCAAGGGGUCGUCUGCAUCCAAGCGGUCUGCGGCAGGCGAUAGCGAGCAGUCGAGAAACCCCAAAAUUCAAAAGACCUGA